CUCGAGCCAACGUCCGAUACGCACUGGCCGCAGGACGCGCAGGGGAAGGAACCACUGCGCUGACGGAACAGGUUUUUCGUUGUGAAACCGACACCUUACUACACCCGGCGCGAGCAUCUGUUACGGUGUUGCUAUCCGGCCGCUUUGCACUAGAUGAAACGUCACUGGGAGCGCUUCUCCGGAGAAACCCGCAUGAAACAGAAGUCAAAACUCUACUGGCUCUUUUGUCGGGUCCGUCCGUCUCCAACCCGUCGAGCAAAGAAGACGACGAAAAAAAUGAAGAGAAUGACGAAGGCGUGGCUCUGUGCAAGGUUGCAUUGAGUACGACGGAAAUGAAGCAGCACUUCACAGGAGAAAUAAACGAUAUCACUCCAACUUUUGCCGUACAAGUUGGGACUUCAAAAAUUUUCGGAACUUGGGUAGACGUGGACGACCCGGAAGUGCCACUCUCAAACAUUUUCUUUUUCGCACGCAGGUGUGACAUCAAACAGGCUGAAGGAAAGUGUAAGCUGUUUUCGGUAGUGGAAGCACAACCCAACUCGGCCAUGAAUCCGUUUGCGGAGUUGCUCUUUGGUCAAAUUGGAAGCCCUCGUCUGUCGAGUGCUUUCGCCGAGCAUGCCUCUAUCCGCCGAACCGUCGAAGUACUCGGAGUGCCCUCAGAGUCCGAUGUAGCUGCCCUUCGCAGACACUACAACCUAGACGACGCGCUAUCGUGCUUGACGAGCACAAUGAAGAAGUGCAAGUCCAAGUCCUUCGCUUCAUCACAGGACAACUGCCGUGCUGGAGGUGCAGCUUUUCCCAGUAUGAUCUUCACAUUCACCAUCGUAGAAGAAACUACGAACAGCCUGAAGUUGCGUUAUCAUGCACAGCCUUCGCAAUCGCAUUCCUUUCGACUUGAUGCCGUUGUAAGUGUAUCGUGUCUCAGUUGUAAUCGACUUCGGGUGACGGCGCGCAUCCGUCCCCAGCAUGCAGUCGGAGUUUGUGAAGCCGUCGACAUCAAUCACGAUCUCCAGUUUGCCUGUCCCGUCUCUGCACGUGGCUGGUCGUGGUCGGCUAAGCAUGGC